AUGAGUUUCCAGUUCUUCAACCAGGAUAAGCUGGAACACCUAACCGGUGCCACAGAUAUUUAUAAUCAAGAACACGAAGGUAUAUCAAGAAUUGUCGAAGAGUCAACGUCCAAAACGCCACUCAAUAAAACAAUACAGGCAUUCAACUACUAUUGUAACUCGAGGGAAGGUUGGGGUCCUAUUUCAAAAUAUGCUGACUUCACCUUAUGCUUUAUCAAUGGUGUCUUCUUCACAUUUGCUAACUUGAUUUUAAUAUUGUUUGGUGCUGCUGAAAUUUAUAAAAUCCAGUCUACAAAGUCAUCAGUCCCAAAAUUUAGAAAAGGAUGGGUUUUUCACUCUAGAAUGAUUCUUGUUUUGUUCCAGAUCGGUCUGUCGAUUGCUACUGCUAUCUUUGUUGGUGCUCAUGAUUACAAAGAUGUCGCUUUCAUCCAACCAGUGCUCCAAGCUGUUGCUCUAAUUGUUGGUCUACAUCUUCACUACUUGGACUAUAUUUACAAUCAAAUCACCAGUAGUAACUUGUUGAUGUAUUGGUUAUUUUCCACUAUCUUUAGUUUGUUGAAGGUUUCUCAUUUGACAAUCAGAAAAGAUUUUGAUCAUUACUUCAUCGUAUCAUUGUUCACAGCUAUCAAUUCAGUUCUCAUUCUCCUGCUUACUUGGUUACCAUCAAAACCAACAUUGGGUUAUAAUGCUUUGGCUGAUGAUGUUAGUCCGUUUGAUGUUGCAAAUAUUUUUUCUAUUUUGACAUUCUCAUGGAUGACUCCAUUAAUGAAAAAAGGCCACGAACAAUAUUUAACUGAAGAAGAUUUACCAAGAUUACCACACAGUUUCGAAAGCUCCUACAUUCAAUCAUAUUUUGAAAAAAAAUGGGACAAACAAUUGAAUAAAACUAGUCCUUCCUUGGCCUUGGCUCUAUUGCAAGCUUUUGGUCCAUCAAUGUUAUUAGGUGGAUUUUUCAAAGCGGUUCAAGAUGUUUUGCAAUUCAGUCAACCACAGAUGUUGAAAUUUUUGAUUCAAUUCGUUACUGAAUAUAAUGAUGGUGCAGAGCAACCUUUGGUUAAGGGUUUCAUGAUUGUUGUUGGUAUGUUUUCCAUUUCUGUUAUACAAACUGCCUUUUUACAUCAAUAUUUUUUGAAAUGUUUCAACGUCGGUAUGAAUUUGAAAUCCUCUUUGACUGCCACUAUCUAUAAAAAAUCAUUACUUUUGUCCAACGAAGAGAGAGGUAAUAAGGCCACUGGUGAUAUUGUUAAUUUAAUGUCGGUUGAUACUCAAAGAUUACAAGAUUUGACUCAAUUUGGUUCAAUUCUUUGGUCAGGUCCAUUUCAAAUUAUUUUAUGUCUUGUUUCCUUAUAUCAAUUAUUAGGAAACAGUAUGUGGGUUGGUGUUUUCAUUAUGAUUAUAAUGAUUCCUUUGAAUUCUAUCAUUAUGAGAUAUUUGAAAAAGUUACAGAAAAUUCAAAUGAAGAAUAAAGAUGAAAGAAGUAGGGUCAUUAGUGAAAUUUUGAACAAUAUCAAAUCCUUGAAGCUUUACGGAUGGGAAAUUCCAUACAAAGAAAAACUUAACGAUGUUAGAAAUAACAAAGAAUUGAAAAACUUGAAAAAAAUGGGUGUUGUCACAGCUUUUGCAAAUUUCCAAUUUAAUAUUGCACCAUUUUUGGUUUCCUGUUCCACAUUUGCUGUUUUUGUUUUGACCCAAGAUAAACCAUUAUCAACCGAUAUUGUUUUCCCAGCUUUAACUCUAUUUAACUUGCUAUCAUUCCCAUUAGCUGUUGUUCCAAUGGCCAUUACAGCCUUUGUUGAAGCUUCAGUCGCUAUUGGAAGAUUGUACAACUUUUUGACUUCAGAAGAACUACAACCGGAUGCAGUUAAUCACUUACCAAAAGCUAACAAGGUGGGAGAAGUUACUGUCAAGGUUAAUGAUGGUACUUUUGUUUGGCAACGUAAACCUGAAUAUAAAGUUGCAUUAUCAAAUGUUAAUUUCACUGCUAAGAAAGGUGAAAUUGCUUGUAUCGUUGGUAAGGUUGGUUCUGGUAAAUCAGCAUUAAUUCAAAGUAUCUUGGGUGAUUUGUACAGAGUUGAAGGUUCUGUUGAUAUUCAUGGUAAUGUUGCAUAUGUUGCCCAAGUUCCUUGGAUUAUGAAUGGUACAGUUAAAGAUAAUAUUUUGUUUGGUCAUAAAUAUGAUCCAGUCUUUUAUGAAAAAUGUGUUAAAGCUUGUGCCCUUACUGUUGACUUUGCAAUUUUAACUGAUGGUGAUAGUACAUUGGUCGGUGAGAAAGGUAUUUCCUUGUCCGGUGGUCAAAAGGCAAGAUUAUCAUUAGCUAGAGCUGUUUAUGCUAGAGCUGAUGUCUAUUUGUUAGAUGAUGUUUUGGCUGCUGUUGAUGAACACGUUGGUAAACAUUUAGUUGAUCAUGUCUUGGGUCCAAACGGUCUAUUGAACACAAAGACCAAGAUUUUAGCCACUAACAAAAUUUCUGUUUUAACAAUUGCUGACAGUAUUACUUUGUUGUCUAAUGGUAAAAUCACUGAACAGGGAACUUAUGAUGAAGUUACUAAAAAUUCAAGCACUGCCUUAUACGCAUUAAUCAAAGAAUUUGGUAACAUGAAGGAAACUGCACCAGAAUUUAAGGAGGAAAAUGUCAAUGUUGAUGAUUUAAUUUCAUCUGAAGAAGCAAGUGAUGUUGAAAUCACUAGUGAUGCAAACAGUUUAAGAAGAGCAAGUUUCCAAUCAUUAAGACCAAUGAGAUUUGAUGAUGAUGCUAAAGACACAAGAAGGGAGCAUCGUGAACAAGGUAAAGUGAAAUGGGAUAUUUAUUUAGAGUAUGCUAAAGCUUGUAACCCAAGAUAUGUUGUUUUGUUUAUUGUUUUCAUUGUCAUUUCAAUGUUGUUGUCAGUUUUCGGUAAUAUUUGGUUGAAACAUUGGUCCGAAGUUAAUUCAAGAUUGGGUUAUAAUCCAAAUGUUGGUAAAUAUCUAGGUAUCUAUUUCGCAUUCGGUGUUAGUUCUGCAUUAGCUACAUUAUUCCAAACUGUUAUUUUAUGGGUUUUCUGCUCUAUUGAAGGUUCUAAGGUAUUACACUCAGCAAUGACAAACAGUGUUUUGAGAGCACCAAUGCAAUUUUUUGAAACUACACCAAUUGGUCGUAUCAUGAAUAGAUUUUCAAAUGAUAUUUACAAGAUUGAUGAAGUUUUAGCUAGAACAUUUUCACAAUUUUUUGCCAAUAGUAUUAAAGUUUCAUUCACAAUUUUUGUUAUCUGUUACUCAACUUGGCAAUUUAUCUUCAUCAUUAUUCCUGUCUUAUUUUUAUAUUCUUACUAUCAACAAUAUUAUUUGAGAACUUCAAGAGAAUUGAGAAGAUUAGAUUCAGUCACAAGAUCUCCAAUUUAUGCUCAUUUCCAAGAAACAUUAGGUGGUGUUGCUACUAUUAGAGGUUUUGCUCAAGAAGCUAGAUUUUUAUUCAUCAAUCAAUCCAGAAUUGAUAACAAUAUGAGUGCUUAUUUCCCAAGUAUUAAUGCAAAUCGUUGGUUGGCCGUUAGAUUAGAAUUUUUGGGUUCAAUCAUUAUCAUCGGUGCCGCUGGGUUAUGUAUCUUAACAUUGAAAUUUGGUGCAAUCACAGCUGGUAUGGUUGGUUUAAGUGUCAGUUAUUCCCUACAAAUUACUCAAUCCUUGAAUUGGAUUGUUAGAAUGACUGUUGAAGUUGAAACUAACAUUGUUAGUGUGGAAAGAGUUAAGGAAUAUAGUGAAUUAGAACCUGAAGCACCUGAAUUCUUGGAACCAAAACCACCAGCUCAUUGGCCAUCAAAGGGUGAAAUCAUCUUCAAAGAUUAUUCAGCAAGAUAUAGAAAAGAUUUAGGAUUAAUCUUAAAGAAGAUCAAUUUGAAAAUCAAUCCAAAGGAAAAAAUUGGUAUUGUUGGUCGUACAGGUGCUGGUAAAUCCACCAUUGUUACUUCAAUCUUUAGGUUAAUUGAAGCUGCUGAAGGUGAAAUUAUAAUUGAUGGUAUUCCAAUUCAAAAAAUUGGUUUACAAGACUUGAGACAUAAAUUAUCAAUUAUUCCACAAGAUUCUCAAGUGUUUGAAGGUACCAUUAGAGGAAACAUUGAUCCAACCAAUAUUUACACUGAUGAAGAAAUUUGGAAUGCAUUGGAGUUAUCACAUUUGAAACAACAUGUUAUCAAGAUGAAUGAAGACGAAGAUAAAGAUUUGGGAUUGGAUGUUCGUAUCAAUGAAGGUGGUUCUAAUUUAUCAGUUGGUCAAAGACAAUUGAUGUGUUUAGCUCGUGCUUUAUUAAUUCCAUCAUCUAUUUUAAUUUUGGAUGAAGCUACAGCUGCUGUUGAUGUUGAAACUGAUAAAGUUUUACAAGAAACUAUUAGAAAAGAGUUUAAAAAUAGAACCAUUUUGACAGUUGCUCAUAGAUUAAAUACAAUUAUGGAUAGUGAUAGAAUAAUAGUUUUAGAUAAAGGUGAAGUUAAGGAAUUUGAUAGUCCUGAAAAUUUGUUGAAAAAUAAGGAAGGAUUGUUUUACUCAUUAGUCAAUGCACAUGAGGCUUCAUAA